AGGACGCCUCCGGGGGCGCCUCAGCCUUUGACAGCUCCCGGCGCCAGGCGACGCCUGACCUCAUCGGUCCACUGGGCGCGCACAGCCGGCCUGGGAUGGGACACCGGAAGCGACCUGAGCUUUCACAUUCAGGGUAUGGGCUGCGACAGUGCGUCUGGAAUGACAGUGACGGUGACGCUGGAGCCGGCGGGCCGCUGCCGCUGGGACGAGCCCGUGCGCAUCGUCGUGCGCGGCCUGGCGCCGGGGCAGCCGGUCACGCUGCGCGCGGCCCUGCGCGACGAGAAGGGCGCCCUCUUCAGGGCCCACGCGCGCUACUGCGCCGACGCCGCCGGCCUGCUGGACCUGGAGCGCGCGCCCGCGCUGGGCGGCAGCUUCGCGGGGCUCGAGCCCAUGGGGCUCUUCUGGGCUCUGGAGCCCGAGAAGCCUUUUUGGCGGUUUCUGAAGCGGGACGUGCAGACGCCCUUCGCCGUGGAGCUGGAGGUGUUCGACGGUCACGAGCCCGGGACCCAGCGACUUCUGGGCCGGGCGCUGCACGAGCGCGACUUCCUGGCGCCCGGGGUGCGGCGCGAGCCGGUGCGCGCGGGCCGGGUGCGCGCCUCGCUCUUCCUGCCGCCAGGAUCUGGACCUUUCCCAGGGAUCAUUGACAUCUUCGGUAUUGGAGGAGGCCUAUUGGAAUAUCGGGCUAGUCUUUUGGCUGGCCAUGGCUUUGCCACAUUGGCUCUAGCUUAUUAUGACUUUGAUGAUCUUCCCAAGAAAUUUGACGUGAUACACCUGGAAUAUUUUGAAGAAGCCCUGUGCUACAUGCUCCAGCACACCCAGAUAAAGGGCCCACGCAUUGGGCUUCUGGGCAUUUCUUUAGGGGCUGAUAUUUGUCUCUCCAUGGCCUCAUUUUUGAAGAACAUCUCAGCCACGGUUUCCAUCAACGGAUCUGGGUUCAGUGGACACAGAGUCAUACACUACAAGGACAGCAACAUUCCACCGUUGGGCCAUGACCUGAGGCGAGUGAAGGUAGCUUUCUCAGGCCUCCUAGACAUUGUGGAUGUAAGGAACGAUAUUGUAGGGGGGUGCGAGAACCCCUGCAUGAUUCCAAUAGAGAAGGCCCAGGGGCCUAUCCUCUUCAUUGUUGGUCAGGAUGACCAUAACUGGAGGAGUGAGUUUUAUGCCCAGAUAGCCUCGGAACGGUUACAGGCCCAUGGAAAGGAAAAACCCCAGAUCAUCUCUUAUCCUGGGGCUGGGCACUACAUUGAGCCUCCUUAUUUCCCCAUGUGCCCAGCUUCUUUGCACAAAUUAUUGGACAAACCCGUAAUGUGGGGUGGGGAGCCCAGGGCCCAUUCUAAGGCCCAGCUAGAUGCUUGGAAGCAAAUUCUAACCUUCUUCACCAAACACCUUGGACCUUCCCCCAAAUUGUAAUGCACUGCUCUGCUACUGACAGGAGAGAGAUUCAAGAUUGGAUUUUAGUGUUUAAUAGUCUUAUCUGAAUCGUUUGUCCCCUGGACAACACUAAAUUCAUGUCAUUGGUAUUAAUGACAUAUUUUAGGUAACUUUGUGGAGUUUUAUUUCAUUAUGAAUUUUUCUAAUCUAACACAUGCCUGUUGUUGACGAUUCAAUAGAGGUAUAUAAUACAAAAUAGUAAAAAGUAUCCGUACUUUUAAAAUUUGUGUUUUCAUCUAGAUUUUUUUUACUUAACAUUUUUAGUCACAGAACUACUGGGUUACUUUUUCCAUCACUAGGAGAGAAUGGUCAUUCAGUGUUUGCCAGUGGUUCAGUUACAGAUAACAGUAGAAAAAGUUGGCUAAAGUAUACACAGAGGUGUUGAUAGAAGGAAAGCCAGACUGACCUUUUUCUCAUGGAGAUUAAAGAGGAAUUCCCUGGGAGGAGGAGUUGUGGUAAGAAGGGGAGCACCAGGGGCUUCCUUCGUGGUCAGUUUAAGCAUCCACCUUUCAAUGGAAGGAACACCAUUUUCAUCCCUGGUCCAGGAAGAUCCCACGUGCCUGGGGCAACUAAGUCCAUGUGCCACAACUACUGAAGCCUGCAGACCUAGAGCUCUUGAUCCAUAACAGGAGAGGCUACUGCAAUGAGAAGUCCACAUACUGCAAAUAGAGAGCAGCCCUCACUCACCCCAACUACAGAAAGCCCAUGCCCAGCAACAAAGACCCAGCACAACCAAAAAAUAAUAAACAAUAAAAAAAGAAGGGGAACAUCUGACUCUAGAAUAGUUUAGUCAAAACUCUAUUCCAAAGGUGAGUCAUUCAGUUCAGUUCAGUUGCUCAGUUGUGUCCGACUCUUUGUGACCCCAUGGACUGCAGCACGCCAGGCUUCCCUGUCCAUCAGAAAGUCCUGAAGGAUGCUCACAUUCACCAUCCAUCAAGUUGGUGAUGCCAUCCAGCCAUCUCAUCCCCUGUCAUCCUCUUCUCCUCCUGCCUUCAAUCUUUCCUAGCAUCAGGGUCUUUUUCAGUGAGUUGGCUCUUUGCAUCAGGUGGACAGAGUAUUGGAGCUUCAGCUUCAGCAUCAGUCCUUCCAAAGUCAUCAGUCCAAAGGUGAGUGACUAUGACCUAUUUUCCUUCCUGCUUCCUGGUUCUGAGAACAAACUUUGGAAACUCAUACUGUGACAUUCCUAGAGGCAUCAUCACUUUCCCUGACAACAAAACUACAAAUUGUUAUGUAGGUUUAUUUGAAGAGACAGUGGUUGAGAAUGUUCAACAAUUGACAGACAUCAACUACAUAGUCCAGAGGCACCAUGUCUUGGCUCAGGCUUCUCUAACAAAAUACCAUAGACGGAAUGGCUUAAACAACAGACAUUUCUCACAGUUCUGGAGGCUGGGAAGUCCAAGAUCAAGGUUCUGGCAGAUUCAGUUCCUGGUGGGGGCCUCUUCUGGCCUAGAGACAGCUGCCUUCUCCCUGUGUCUUCAACUGGCGGGGAAAGAAAGAGGGGGAGCUCCAGUUUCACUUACUCAUUUCAUAAGGACACUAAUCCCAUCAUGGGGGCCUCACUCUCCUGACCUCAUUUAAACUUAACAACUUUGCAAAGGCCCCACCUUCAAAUACCAUCACACUGGAGUUUCAGAUUGCAACAUUGAGUUUUGAGGGCACACAUUCAGUUCAUAACACCUAUAAAGCUCAAGCUAGUUAAAUACAAAGAAAACUGUAUUUAACACAUUAUAGAACAAUUGUUUGUGCAGGUUUUAAAUAAUUUGUUUGUUUAUAUAUUAGUAUUUUUGGCUGUGCUGGGUCUCCGUGGCUGUGGCUUUUCUCUAGUUGCAGUGAACUUGGGCCCUAUAUGCUCUAGUUGUGCUCCAUGGCUUCUCACUGUGGUGGCUUCUCUCAUUGCAGAGCAUGGGCUCUUGGGCACACAGGCUUCAGUAGUUGCAGCAUGUGGACUCAGUAGUUGCUGCUCCCAGGCUGUAGAGAGCAGGCUCAAUAGCUGUGGAACACAGGCUUGGCCACUCUGAGGCAUGUGUGAUCUUCCUGGACCAAGGAUCGAACCCAUGUCUCCUGCAUUGGCAGUUGGCUUCUUUACCACUAAGCCACCAGGGAAGCCCUGUGCAGGUUUUAAAACAUAGAAUCAUAACACAAAUUCUUCACCACUUCUGGCACAAAGAGGUGGGAGAUCUAUGCCCUCUCCCCUCAAUAUGGAUGGUUUCUGACUGCUUCAGUUAGUACUAAACUGAUGCUUUGUGACUUCAGAAGGUGGGUCAUAAAGGCCAUGAAGUUUUCACCUUGUUUGCUGGGAAUACUUGCUCUUGGAGCGCUGAGCCACCCUAUGGAGCUUGACAAACUUGAGGCUGUGAUGCUAUGCGUGUGUGUGUGUGUGCUAAGUUGCUUUAGUCGUGUCCAACUCUUUGCGACCUAUGGACUGUAGCCACCGUUUUUCUCUAUCCAGGGGAUUCUUCAGGAAGGCCUACUGGAGUGGGUUACCAUGCCCUUCUCCAGGGAUCUUCCUGACCCAGGGAUCAAACCCUUGUCUCUUAGGUCUCCUGCAUUGGCAAGCAGGUUCUUUACCACUAGUGCCACCUGUGAAGCCCCAAUUCUUAGACAUUCCUGUGCAAAAACAUGGCCUCUGAGAGACACACAACAAUUGCUGGCCCCUACCUAGCUCUUCUGAAAUCUAGCUAAGAAUCUGUUGCCAAUUCUUUCAUUGCUGCUCGGUUUACUCUCUGAGUUGUUCUCUGUGUCUCUUGGUUCUAUCCUCUGAGUUGAAACUUGUGUUUCCCAUAAAAAUAAUUAAAUUAGGAAAAAAGCCUCCAGGAUCUGUUUUCUGGGCAAAAUAUAUGAAGCAUCUAAAGGUCUCUUUUUAGACACAGAUGUAAAGAACAGAACUUUGGACUCUGAGUUCUGAGGGGGGAGAAGGCGAGGGUGGGAUGAUUUGAGAGAAUAGCAUGUAUAUUACCAGAUGUGAAAUAGAUCGCCAGUCCAGGUUCGAUGCAUGAGACAGGGUGCUGAGGGCCGGUGCACUGGGACGACCCUGAGGGAUGGGAUGGGGAGGGAGGUGGGAGGGGGGUUCAGGAUGGAGAACACAUGUACACCCAUGGCUGAUUUAUGUCGAUGUAUGACAAAAACCACUACAAUAUUGUAAUUAGCCUCCAAUUAAAAUAAAUUAAUUAAUUUAAAAUAAUUAAAAAAACAGGCAAAAUAUAUGGAGAUAGAAGUCAGAGUAGUGUAGUGGAUGUUCUUCAAGGCAGGAGUUUUGUUUUUGUUUUAUGAUAUUGGUGUAUUCACUGUGAAAAUACAUAGAGAUGCACUUUAAAAAAUAAAUAAAUGAAUAAAGGUCUCUUUUUAUUUUGCACUCUUUCUCUUUUAAACUUACUGUGCUUCCACCAGAACCAUUUUAAAAACUAUGUGGGUUUUCUAAAAAUAUUAGUGGAGUUCACUGUUUUAGGCAAUACAUCACUAUAAACCUGUUUGAGAUAAGACUGUCUCUAUUUGGGGCUUUUUGGGAGAAUGCUGCAGGAAAACAUCCUUAAGAUUCUCAUAAAUUCUCUUAUUUAAUAGGAUUUUUUAGGCGCACCUUAAAAUGUUUAGAGGGACUUUUGUCAUUCUGAAAUAUUCUGUGAAGCACUACCUUGAAUCUUUGAAGUCUUUACAAAGGAUCUCCCAUAGACUCACUCUGGGCUUGACUUUGCUUUGAGAUUCUGUCUUAAUUAUAGAACAAUUUACCAUCUGGAGAAGGUGGAAAGGAGAAACAGUAUUACUGUCAAACUUGGCAAGUCCUGGUUGCUUCCUCUUUAGAAGUUCAUUAAAAAAAUUAUGUCAUAUUGGAGUACAGUUGUGUUAAUUUCAGGUGGACAGCAAAGUGGUUCAGUUAUACACAUACCUAUUCUUUUUCAGAUUCUUUCCCUUACAGGUUAUCACAGAAUAUUGAGUAGGUUCUCUGUACUGAGCAGUAGGUCCUUGUUGCUAACAGUUGAUUCCUUAGUUCACCUCUUUUUGUGUGUGUUAUAAUAGGCAGCAAGAAGAAGCCGGAUGGCACUAUCAGUACCCUGCUGGGAAAUCAUUUUAGCUAGAUCACUGAAUUAAUUAGGUACGUUUUCCUUUCUUUCACAUUAUUACAGAUGUCAGUGUUUCCUCUGGCUUCCAGUGAAUUUAUUUUGCUUUCCUUUAGACCUUCAUGAGUCUCUUUGACUUUCACUAAUGGUCUCCCUGGAGCCCUUCCAGCUUCCACCUGCCACUCAGUCCUAAAGCCAUUUGUGAUUCUCAUGCACGUGAAUUUCUGCAUGGACUGCUGAGCUUCCUCACAGCGUGAUAUAUGGAUUUCAAAAAUGUGAAACCAGACACUACAAAAUUAUUAGAGGAAAAUAUAGGCAGGACACUCUCUGACAUAAAUCACAGCAAUAACGUUUUCAAUCUGUCUUCCAGAGUAAUGGAAAUAAAAACAAAAAUAAACAAAUGAGACCUAAUUAAGCUCAAAAGCUUUUGCACAGCAGAGGAAACCAUAAACAAAACAAAAAGACAAGCCAUCAAAUGGGAGAAAAUGCAAAUGAUGUGACUGGCAAGGUUUUGGCUCCAAAAUGUACCAAUAACUCGUAUGGCUUAAUAUCAUCAAACAAACAACCCAAUAAAUAAACGGGCAGAAGACCUCAAUAGACAUUUCUCUAAAGAUGACAAACACAUGGCCAGUGAGUGAAAAAGUGAAAGUCACUCAGUCAUGCCCAACUCUUUGCGACCCCAUGGACUGUACAGUGAUUUCUCUAGCCAAGGAUACUGGAGUGGGUAGCUGUUCCCUUCUCCAGGGGAUCUUCCCAAUACAGGAAUCGAACUGGUCUCCUGCAUUGCAGGUAGAUUCUUUACCAACUGGUCUAUCAGGGAAUGCCAACAUGGCCAAGAGGCACAUAAAAAGAUGUUCAGUAUUGCUCAUUAUUAGAGAAAUGCGAACCAAAACUACAAUGAAAUAUCGUAUCAGAAUUCCUAUCAUCAGAAAAUCCACAGAUGGGCUUCCAUUGUGACUCAGUGGUAAAGAAUCCACUUGCCAAUGCAGGAGACACAGGUUAGACCCCUGAUCCAGGAAGAGUCUAUGAGCCAUGAAGCAACUAAGACUGUUCACCACAACUACUGAACCUGGGCUCUAUACUACUGAGCCUAUAUGCUACAGCUACUGAAGCCCACCUAGAGCCUGUGUUCUGUAACCAGAGAAGCCACUGCAAAGAUAAGCCUCACACCGUAAGUGGAGAGUAGUUCCUACUCAUUACAACUAGAGAAAAGCUCGAGUGACAAUGAAGAUCUAGCACAGACAGAAAAGAGAAGCCCACAGACAAUAAAUACUGGAGAAGGGAACUUUCCUACACUGUUGAUGGGAAUGUAAAUUGGUGUGGAGAGGUUCCUAAGAGAACUGAAAACAGUUACCAUAAAAUCCAGCAAUCCCACUCCUGGGUAUAUAUCUGGAGAAAAACCAAAAUUUAAAAAGAUACAUGCACCCCAAUGUUCCUUACACCACUGUUUACAAUAGCCAGGACAUGGAAGCAAACUAAAUGUCUAUCAACAGAGGAAUGGAUAAAGAUGUGGUACAUAUACAAUGCAAUAUUGCUGUUGUUCCGUUACUAAAUUCUGUCCAACUCUUUGCGACCCCUUGGACUGUAGCAUGCCAGUCUUCUCUGUCCUCCACUGUCUCCCGAAUUUUGCUCAAGUUCAUGUCCACUGAGUUACCAUCUCAUCCUCUGUCGCCCCCUUCUCCUAUUUCCUCAGCCUUUCCCAGCAUCAGGGUCUCUUCCAAUAAGUUCGCUCUUCACAUCAGAUGGCUAAAGUAUUGGAGCUUCAGCUUCAGCCAACAGUCCUUCCAAUGAAUUUUCAGGGUUGAUUUCCUUUGGGAUUGACUGGCUUGAUCUACUUGCAGUCCACGGGACUCUCAGGAGUCUUCUCCAACACCACAGUUUGAAGGCAUUAAUUCUUCAGCACUCAGCCUUCUUUAUGAUCCAACUCUCACAUCCAUACAUGACUACUGGAAAAACCAUACCUUUGACUAUACAGACCUUUGUCAGCAAAGUGAUGUGUCUGCUUUUUAAUAUGCUGUCUAGGUUUGUCAUAGCUUUCCUUCCAGGGAGCAAGCAUCUUUUAAUUUCAUGGCUCCAGUCACCAUUUGUGUGAUUUUGGAGCCCAAGAAAAUAAAAUCUGCUGCUGCUUCCACUUUUUCCUCUUCUGUUUGCCAUGAAGUGAUGGGACCAGAUGCUAUGAUUGUAGUUUUGAUUUUUUUUAAUGUUGAGUUUCAAGCCAACUUUUUCACUCUUCUCUUUCACCCUCAUCUAGAGGCUCUUUAGUUCCUCUUCACUUUCUGCCAUUAGAGUGGUAUCAUCUGCAAAUCUGAGGUUGUUGAUAUUUCGCCAGGCAAUCUUGAUUCUAGUCUGUGAAUCGUCUGGCACAGCAUUUUGCAUGAUGUACUCUGCAUAUAAAUUAAAUAAGCAAGGUGACAAUAUACAGCCUUGACAUACUCCUUUCUCGAUUUGGAACCAGUCCAUUUUUCCAUGUCCAGUUCUAACAGUUGUUUCUUGAGCUACAUACAGGUUUCCCAGGAGGCAGGAAAAGUGGUCUGAUAUCCGCAUCUCUUAAAUACUCUUCCAGUUUUUUGUGAUCCACUCAGUCAAAGGCUUUAGUGUAGUGAAUGAUGCAGAAGUAGAUGUUUUUCUGGAACUCCCUUUCCUUCUCCAUGACCCAACAAAUGUUGGCAAUUUGUUCUGUGGUUCCUCUGCCUCUUUGAAACCCAGCUUGUACAUCUGGAAGUUCUUUGUUCAUGUACUGCUAAAGCCUAGCUUGAAGGAUUUUGAGCAUAACCUUGUUAGCAUGUGAAAUGAGUACAAUUAUAUGGUCGUUUCAGCGUCCUUUGGCAUUGCCCUUCUUUGGGAUUGGAAUGAAAACUGACCUUUUCCAGUCCUGUGGCCACUGCUGAGUUUUCCAAAUUUGCUGACGUAUUGAGUGCAACACUUUAACAGCAUCAUCUUUUAGGAUUUUACUUUAUUUUAUUUUAUUUAUUUAUUUAUUUUUUAUUAGUUGGAGGCUAAUUACUUCACAACAUUUCAGUGGGUUUUGUCAUACAUUGACAUGAAUUUUAAAUAGCUCAGCUGGAAUUCCAUCACCAUAUUACUCAGCCAUAAAAGAAAAACAAAAUAAUGCCAUUUGCAGCAACGUGGAUGGACUUAGAGAUUGUCAUACUGACUGAAGUAAGUCAGAGAAAGACAAAUAUGAUAUUGCUUACUUGUGGAAUCUUAAAAAACAACAACAACAACAACAGAAAGCUGAUGAGAGAAAUUGAAGAUGAUACAAACAGACCAAAAGAUAUACUGAAUUUGUGGAUUUUAACCCUUGUCCACUGUUGGUGGGAAUGUAAAUUGGUGUAGUCUCUAUAGAAAACAGCAUGGAGGCUCAUCAAAAAAUUAAAACUAGUUCUACUAGAUGAUUCAGCAGCUACUCUCUGGGAUACAUACCUGAAAAAACAAAAACACUGAUUCGAAAAGAUACAUGCACCCUAAUGUCCGUAGCAGUAUAUUUACAACAGCCAAGAAUACUGAAGCAACUUAGUUUUCCAUCAAUAGACAAAUGGAUAAAGAAGAGGGUGGUAUAUAUUUAUAAAGGAAUACUAAUCAGUUCUAAAAAGAAUCAAAUUUUGUCAUUUGCAACAACAUGGAUGAACCUGGAGGAUAUUACACUUAGCAAAAUAAGUCAGACAGAAAGACAAAUACUGUAUGUUACCACUUAUCUGUGGAAUACAAAAAAAUAAAUAUAACAAAACAAAAACAGACUCACAGAUACAGAGAACAAUCUAGUGGCUACCAGUGAAGAAAGGAUCUGGGAGAGGGGCAAGAUAGAGGUAGGAGAUUAAGAGGUAUAAAGUACUAUGAAUAAAGUACAAGAAUUUAUUUACAGCCAGAGAAAUACAUGCAAUAUUUUCUUUUCUUUUUUUGGCUGUGCUGUGAGCAUACGGUAUCUUAGUUCCCUUGGACCAGGGAUCAAACCCAUGCCCCCUGCAGUGGAAGCAUGGAGUCUUAACCACUGGACUGCCAGGAAGUCCCUCCAAUAUAUUAUAAUAACUUCAUAUGGAAUAUAGUCUUUUCAAAUUUUGUAUCAAUGUAUUAUAUACUUGAAAUUCAUGAUAUUGUAAAUCAACUAUACCUCAAUAAAGAAAAUAUAUGUGUAUGUCAAAAUUCAUCAAAUUAUUAAUUUUUUUUUUAAAUUCUAAAGGCAGAAUUCAGAGAGAUACUGGCUUUUGAUAUGUGUCUUUUUUUUUUUAAUAUGUGUCUUAACUGAUAGGAUUUCUUUUUUAUGAAUCUAAAGUAAUAUAAAUUCAUAGAAAACUUGGAAAACAGAGAAAAUUAUUCAUUAAAAAAUGAGUUUCAUGUAAUCCAUUCACUUUUUUAACAUGAUUUUUUAAAAAUUGUUUAUUUUAAUUUCGGUUAUGCUGGGUCUUCGUUGCUACAGCUGGGGACUACUCUUGGUUGUGGCGCACAGGCUUCUGACUGCGGCGUUUCUCUGUUGUGGAGCACAGGCUCAAGGCAGGAGGGCUUCAGUAGUUGCAGCUCCCGGCCUCUAGAGUAGGGGCUUAGUAGUUGUGGCAUAUGGGCUUAGUUGACCCAUGGCAUGUGGAAUCUUCCUGGCCCAGGGGUUGAACUCAUCAACUCUGUAUUGGCAGGUGGCUUCUUAUCCACUAUACCACUAGGGAAGUCCAGAAACUAGCACUCUUAACAUUUUAGUAUAUAUCUCUCUUUUCCUUCAGACUCUGAUUUUCUAUUUAUGUAUGAAUAUUUUAGGAAACUGGGAUUUUUGUGUGUAUUGAGAUUUUAAUCAAUUAAGUGUACAUCCUUUUUACCUUAACAUUAUAUGAUGAUUAUUUUACCAUAUUUACAUUCUUCAAAUGCAUGAUUUUUAAAAACAGUGGCUUAUACUCUAUUGGUGCUAGUAUCCUUCAUUUAAACAAUCCCUGAUGAUUUUUCAUAAUGAAGUCUGGUGCUGGGGUAAUGGGACAUGUACAUAUAUUAAGUCUGUGUGUCACUGAUUUUCUUCUUAAUUUUUUAAUUUGGCUGUGCUAGGUCUUAGCUGAGGCAAUGGGAUCUUCAGUGCUGCGUGAGAGAUUUUUGUUGUCGCAUGCAGGAUCUAGUUUCCUAACCAAGGAUCAAACCCAGGCUCCCUGCAUUGGGAGCACAGAGUCUUAACCACUGGACCACUAGGGAAGUUCCCUGGUUAUGUCUUUAAGAGAGAUUCUUUGAAAAGAAAUUAUGGGGUCAAACUUGUAAACAGGAUUCUUUACUAUACAUACCAGAAACUGUCAAUUACACCAUCAAGGACACUGUGAGACAGCCAGCCAUGCCGCAUUGCUAACACUGGUGUAAUGUGGGUAUGCAUGUGUGCCCAUGUGUCUAAUUUUUAUAAUUUUAUAAAUUUUAUGGUUUGAAAAGAGAAUCUCAUAUUGUUGUGCUUUUCUGUUUUUGUUACUGAGGUUGAAUAUUCUCCUCUCUUAUCGGGAAAAUAUUUGUAUUCCUUUUAAACUACAUUUCCCAUUCCUUCAGAAUGUUCAUCUAUGACUUCAUGACCUAUAGCAGCAUUUCAUUAUGUAUUACAGAAGUAAAUAAUUCUAAUAUAUUUUGGCCACAUUAUAUCAGCUUGU